AUGAUGAAUGAAGAGGUCGGCUGCGGAGAGCUCCAGCAGCUGGUGCAGGAGGAGGAGGGCGAGGAGCCCUUGAGUCGCGGGGGAGAGGCCACUCCACCCUCGACACCUGCUAGAUCGCACAGGGCUAGUAAGACUGAGGGAAAUGCCUCGCAAAAUUCCCAACAAGUGCUGUGGGGCAGUAAUACACAGACCUCUCCCAUCAUCAGCAAAGCUAGUUCUGGACAGGGGACGGCUAGUCAAGGCUCGAUGGUAUCAGGAAGGGCCCAUAACUCUUCCUCAGGGCAUGGCAAUCACUCGAGGCAUGUUUACCUGAAUGAAAAGGAGAAACACAAACCCACGAGACAGGAUCCACCGAGAAGAGGCCAGCACAGAGUGGUCACAGCACCUCCAUGCAGGCAUCAUUGCUUUUUAUCAGAGGUACCUGAUGUCAGGAGAAUGGAGCAGGCACUGCUGCAGCUGUUAGAGGAUUUCCACAGUGGGAAUCUUCAGGCUUUUGGCAAAGACUGCAGCAUGGAGCAGAUGAUUGAAAUUCGUGAACAGCAGGAGAAGCUAGCGAGGUUGCACUUCGAAUUGGGCCAACGACAGGAUGGAGUUGGCAGUGAGACUGCAGGUCUCAGGCAGUCCAGUGCCAGCAUGAGGCACCUUCUCCACAAACUACAGCAGCUAAGUGUCUGUAUCGAGAAGCUUCACAGUAAAUAACUACCCUCUCAGUGAUAGCUGAACUAAAUGUUGACGGAUAAUUAUUUUAUUUACACUAAUAAGCAAUAAAUUGAUUAUUAAAAUCCA